GAGAGAGGCUGUUUACGAAGAAAACAGAUCUUGCUUUGACAAGAAGAAGGGCUAGUCUGCAGAGAGGAGAGCAGUUUGACUGAAUUAUUCAGCAUAGGCUCUUCCACAAUAAAACAGAUUGUUUUAUUUAAAUAACCCAUCUAUUUCAUUUUGUGCACUGAUACUUUUUCAUUUUUAUUCAUCCUGUCAACUCUACGGAAUGUUUUUCUCGAUGCACUUUGUUUUGCUAAGCAUGGCUUUAGCGGACAGAACACCCAAUGCUGAAGACUGCAUCAAAUCCAACGGUGUAGAGUACAGAGGGGAGCAACAGAGCUCCUACACAGGACUAACCUGUCUGAACUGGACCAACACAACCCGGGACUAUGAUGUUAUGGCGUAUAGAGAUUCACAAAUGGGUAUUGGGGAACAUAACUACUGCCGUAACCCAGACUCAUCUGAGAAGCCCUGGUGCUACGUGACUGGCCCAGAUGCUGAGGCACAGAGACAAUCAUGUGCCAUUGACACCUGCAAAGACGAAGCCCCUACAGAGUUAGAAGCAUCAGAGGCAGGCCCCCUCACCACAGCACAGACAGAGAUCUUUGAGCCGGCCAAGUCUGGGGUUGCCCAGGGAGGAGGUAAUGCGGUCCAGCCAGUAAUGGGCAUCAUCCAGAGGGUACGCACAGGACCCAAGAAGAAGAAGGACCUGGGCACUCUUGGCUAUGUGGUUGGCAUCCUCAUGAUGUCCAUUAUCAUCCUCCUCGGGGUGGGCAUCACCUUCGGAUACUUCUACAAGAGAGGUCGGGACCUGAAGAAGCAGCAUGAGCAGCGUGUGUAUGAGCGGGAGAUGCAGAGGAUCACCCUGCCCCUGUCGGCCUUCUCCAACCCAACCUGUGAGUUGCUGGAUGAAAACACCAUCGUCAUCACGGCCGAGAAGCAGACCCCCACCCAGGAUGGUAUGGUAGGGGAGGGGGGAGACCCCCUGAUGGGCCAGCAGGCUGGUACACCAGGAGCCUGAGCACUGACCGCCCCACUGGACUGGGAAUGGACCAUGACAUUCGAACCUCAGAGGACCAAAACACUCCCCUAGCCUGACCUCCCUCUGCCCCCAAAUCACCCCCCUUUUGAAGGCCUACAAGGAGAAGGGAUGAGCUCCAAAGACUGAACUCUGUGUCCUUAUUGCCCUGCUUGUAACACACACACACACACGUGUCACAAACAGGGAAAGAAUACGACAACAUGUGGAGGAGGACUAAUUUCACUCCAUGUGGAGACCAUCCGGUGAAUCUGGUAAUGGUUGUGUACAAAUGUGAAUGUCAGGGAUGCUCAUUGAGAAAUAGUGCAUUUGAUAUCCAAGAAAACAUGAUCAUGGGGUGACCCCCUGCUAUAGCAAUGGGAUGUGUAUCAAUCAACGUUAAUGAGAAGGGUGAUUUUAUGAGCUUUGGGUGAAGAGAGUAAGAGUCUGCUUGGAAAGGGGGAAUUCAUAGCCUUUUCUUAUUUUCUGCUUUCUUUUUCAUAUUGAAGUGCGGCAGUUGGGUGUUAAGGGCUUACCAGAGAAAACAAUGCUACUCAUGUCCCCUGACCCUUUGGCUGUGCUAGGUCAGGUAUGGGAGGGCAUCUAGUAUACAGUAGAUGUAUAGGAUAGCCCUGUUAGACAUCUGUGUUUUUCUGUCUGAAAUACAGUGUUGGAACCGAUGUGUGGAGUAAUGAAUUAGCUUCAGAGAAAAUUCAUAUGAGGUCUAAAUCAGAUCUGCAAAAGAAAAGGCAACAUCUCCCGCUCGCUGAAGCUGUGGCGUUGCCUUAGCAUGAUGCAUCUGAAUGUAUUGCAUGGUUCCCCUGGUGACCUUUCUGUUUAACUCAUCUUAAGUCUGUGCGACAGAAGCCAAUAUACAGUAACUACAAACAUCAGCCAUUCGUUGGCUUUACAUGAGACAGACUGUAUCGUUCCUCAGGUUAAGGAGUGACAGGAAAAGGAAAGCCUCUUUUGAAAAUCGAAGAGACAGUUUGUUCUCAGGACAAAAUGCAGCAGCACUGGCGUGAAACAGAAUACCGCUCAGUCUGUGGUCUGGCUAGAACCAGACAGAUCUUGUUGAAUGACGCCUGGACAAAACAGAACAGUCUCUUGUUAAGGGUUGAUGCCUGUGACAUUAGAUUGAAUUUAGACCAUUGAAUUAUGUGUCCCAAAUGUUUGGGCAAGCAGUGGAGCAAAGUAAAAGAGUGUAAAGAGGAUAUAUAAGUCCAAACCUUUUGAGGUAACCUAAGAUAUGUACAGAAUGGUUUAACUGCUUAAUAAGUAGUCUGUCACAUUUUGAAAUAGGAUGCUGAAAGUAAUGCCACAGAGUUGGUUAGAAAAUGUAACGUAUCAUCGGAGUCAUUGAUUUCAGCACAAUCUCUUUUGUUGGGAUGAAAUGUAAUAUCUUUCUGCUUUACAUGGUUGCUCUAUUGUUCUGCUAAUGCAACCUUGCAUCACUCCAAAUGGUAUUUUGUGAUGAGACUAUUCAUCUUUCAAAUGGUUGAAAAUCAUUCUGCAUCACUGGUUACUUCUCAAUCAUUGUGGUUCCUUAAUUUUAGUGCAAUGUUUUGUAAAUAUCAUUUUCUUCACUUUUGCAAUGCAUCAAAGUACUCCUCAUUGGAGGUUAGUACUUCUAUUUGUAUGUUUGGCAGAUUUUUACUGCUGUGACUGAAAUAAAACUGAUUUUGAAAAAGA